UUGGAUAGGAACUCUGUAUUAUACUGUAUUAGCUGAAGUGGCUCAAAAGACUGACAAGGUUUUUUUUUUUUAAAAAAAAUAGCUGAAUUCCUUUAAUUUAGGACUUUAAAGAAAGAGAGACAAAAGACAAAAGGCAUAACAGGAAAAGGUGCACUAAAUUAUGAACUGUGUGGCUUUUAUGGUGGUGACUACCAGUUUUCUCUUUUGGACUGAUGCUGUUAAUCGCUACUACAAUAAAGACAAAGAUAAAGCACUGCAGUAUCUCACAGAACCACCAGUAUAUGCUGAGAUAAAAGCACGCCGGGGAGAGAACACAACCCUGCCAUGUGUUCUGCGAACUGUAUCUUCUAACUACAAAGUAAAGUGGAGUAAAGUUGAUCCUCUUCAUACAGCAUCGGAAAAUAUUCUCAUCAGUAAUGGGCAUGAUGUUAAACAUUAUGGUACAUGGCAGUCUAAAGCAAGUCUUCGACGGAUGCAUGCUUUGGACAUCUCUCUCCGCCUCACCAAGCUGGAACUCCAAGAUUAUGGUCUGUACCGGUGUGAACUAAUUAAUGGCAUGGAAGAUGAGCAUGUCACCAUUACUCUAAGCAUUGAAGGGGUUGUGUUUCCUUAUCAAAGCAGCCAUGGACGGUAUAAGUUUACGUACUUUGAUGCCAAAAAAGCUUGUGAAGAGCAGGAUGCAACACUGGCAACAUACAAACAGCUUUACAGGGAAUGGACAGAUGGUUUGGAGUGGUGUAAUGCUGGAUGGCUACAUGAUGGGACUGUCCACUACCCCAUUCUGAAUCCACGCCCAGCUUGUGGGAAAGACCUUCCUCCAGGCAUCCGCAGCUAUGGGCCCCGGCACAAGACCAAGGAGCAUUACGAUGCCUUCUGCUUCACCUCUACCACUGAGGGUUCAGUGUUCUAUAUACCAGGGCCUCUAAAUUUUUUGCAAGCAGCUCAUGCCUGUAACGAGAAAGGAGCAAGCCUGGCCCUUGUGGGACAACUCUACUCCUCCUGGAAGUUUCUAGGGUUGGAGCAAUGUGAUGGAGGCUGGCUACAAGAUGGUAGUGUGCGUUUUCCCAUCAUUACCCCUAAAAAGCGCUGUGGAGGACUCCCACAGCCAGGAGUUCACAGUUUUGGAUUUCCUAAAAAGACUAUUACUCUCUAUGGGGCAUACUGUUACAGAUAAAGACCAACAUAGUGAUAAAUGAUUCAAGAAAGGUUUACACUAGUACAAGACAAAAGUUUGCAAGUGCCACUGUAACACUUCCCAUGCAGCCUGGGAAUUAAUACUUUUUUCCCUUUCUGCAAUAUGAGAUAAUGUUUUGACAUGUGAUAUUGUGACAAGACUAGAAUUGUUCCGUGGGAAUGUAGGAUUUGGUCCAAAAGCUUUAACAUUCAUAUGAGUCUCACAAUUUUCUAAGUUGUUAUUUUCUUUAUGAGAUCAGUGAAUACUGUUCAAAGGUGAUCCUACAAUUAAUAUAUAAAUAAUUUAAUUAAUAAUUGAGUUCUACACCAGCAGAUAUUUCUUAACCAACUUUGUAAAUAAUUACCAAAUGUACAUGCCUUUCAUAAGAUUUUGUGAAUAAUCUAAAAACCCUUUUGUAU